AUUGUCGUUGUGUUUUUUUUCCUGUACUAAAUAAACCCCCCUCUCCUCUUUACAAUGUUUCUUCGUCCUACUGUUCUUUUGAAUGCUGCCUCUAGAGUAAGUGCCAGUCGCAUGGCUGCUCCCGCCUUGUUCUCUCGCAUGUAUGCUACACUCCCUAAGGAAGAUGUUCAAACUCGUGUUCUCGAUGUCGUCAAGGGUUUCGACAAAGUUGACGCCUCCAAGGUGACAGCCGAGGCCAAUUUCAUCAAGGAUCUUGGUUUGGAUAGUUUAGAUACAGUUGAAGUUGUUAUGGCUAUUGAGGAAGAAUUCUCUGUUGAAAUUCCCGAUAAGGAUGCUGAUGCCAUUCAAAGUGUUAGACAAGCCAUUGAUUACAUUGGCAAGCGUGAUGAUGCCCACUAAAUAAUUUAAUAUUAAUAAAACAACAACUUGUCAGCUUACACACCCCCGUUGUGUAUUGUAUUGUACACUAUCUGGGAUCUAAAAAAA